AUGUGCCAGGCAGGCGGCACCCUGCCGGUCAGAAAGGUCACCGACGCUAACGGCAGGACGUCGCCGUCGCACCUCCAGGACAUGGGGCCCAGGGACGAGUCGGUGCUGGGCACGCUGGGCAAGCGGCCGCCGAGGUCGUCGCGCGAGCUGCGCCUGGUGGUGCUGGCCGUGCUGCUGGCCACCGCGGCCGUGGCGCUGCUGGCCGCCGUCACCCUGCUGGCUGCCUACAGGGAGCGGGACACAGGCGCGGACUACUGCCUCACCGAAGCCUGCGUUAAGACAGCGGCGCGCAUCCUGGACUCCCUGGACACGGCGGCGCAGCCCUGCGAGGACUUCUACCAGUUCGCCUGCGGAGGCUGGCUUAGGAGGAACCCCAUUCCGGAGUCGCAGACUUCCUGGGAUCAGUUCCGGUCCCUGCGCGAGCAGCUACUCCGUGACCUCAGAGACAUCCUGGAGGAGGACAGCACCGCCGACGAGCCGGGCCCCGUCAAGCAGGCCAAGGCGCUGUACCGCACCUGCCUCGACACUGGCGAGCUGGAGCGUCUGGGCCUAGACCCGCUGGUCGCCACGCUCAAGAAGCUCAACCUGAGCACGGCGCUGCCCACGCGCGGCCUGUCCAUCCCGGGCGAGAACGCCGUCGAGGGCCUCGGCGUGGCCGUGGACUUCGACUGGCUGUACACCGCGGCGCGGGCGCAGCGCAUGCUGGGCCACUCCGUGCUGCUGGGCUUCUGGGUCAACGAGGACGUGCGGAACACCAGCAGGAACCUGAUGGUGGUGGACCAGAUCUCCCCCGGCUUCAGCGAGCGCUACCUGCUGGACGCCGAGCGCUUCGGCGGCGAGCUGGCCGAGUACCGGCGCUACAUCACGGACAUCGUGCGCGUCUUCCUGCAGCGCACCGGCCAGGCCGCGCCCAACGGCACGGCCGAGAGCUUCGCCGAGGAUGUCCUGAGCUUCAGCACGCAGCUUGCAGGGAUCAUGACGACGGCGGAACAGCGUCGCGACGUCAAAUCGCAGUUUCACGAGAUGACGGUGGCACAGCUGCAAGAACACACCGACGCUGAUGGUGGCAGCGGGGCCAAGCUCAACUGGACACGCUAUGUUUCUCUAGUUCUGGAGGAAACCAAUGUAACUCUUGACUUUGAUACAGACACAGUUGUACUCAUGGAUAGCAGUUAUUUCCGUAAACUGGCCUCGCUCAUAGGCACAACAAACCACACGACACUAGAACGUUUUGUGUGGUGGAAUAUUUUUUCAUCUCUAGCACCCCUCACACUUCAAGAGUUCAGAGAUCUAGGUUUCCGCUUUACUCAAAAAGUUUUUGGUCUUACUGAGAAAACACCACGGUGGAAAAGAUGCACUUCAAAUGUCAAUACUAACUUUGGCAUGGCUGUGAGCUAUCUCUAUGUCCAAAAGCAUUUCAACGAUCGCUCAAGAAAAAAGGCCCUUGAGAUGGUCCAAGAUAUUGAAGCAGCUUUCACUGACAUAGUUGCUGAAUUACAGUGGAUGGAUAUGGAGACUAAGAAUAGAACGUUGGAUAAAGUGCGAGCGAUGAGACCAUUCAUAGGUUUCCCAGGCUGGCUGCUCACUCCUGGUCAGCUUGAGCAGUAUUUCCAAGGAGCUGAGGUGUCAGAGGGAAAACUUUUUGAGACAUAUUUAAAAUUGAUUGGCAGUUCAAUGAAGAAAAGCCUUGAAGAUCUGCGCAAGGCUCCAGACCAUGAUCGGUGGGUAACUGCUGCGACAACUGUAAACGCCUUCUACUCACCAGUUCUGAAUUCAGUCACUUUCCCAGCUGGAAUUUUGCAGCCUCCAUUUUAUGGACUUGGUCUAGAGGCAUUGAACUAUGGAGCCAUUGGGUCCAUAAUGGGUCAUGAAUUAACCCAUGGAUUUGAUGACCAAGGACGAAGAUACGACAAAAAUGGCAACUUACAGCAAUGGUGGACAGAAUCUACUUUACAAGAGUACCAUAACCGAGUUCAGUGCAUUGUAAAGCAAUACGGACAGUACCAUGUACCACAGCUAGGACAUAAUUUCACAGUGAAUGGUAUAAACACACAGGGUGAAAACAUAGCGGACAAUGGUGGAUUGAGAGAAGCUUGGCGUGCAUACAGACGAUUUCUAGAUCGACAAAGGGGAAAACCACAGCAGCCGCAAAUGGAGAUUAGAAAACAGGAUGUAGAACUAACUUCAAAUCAAACACAAAAUGCCACUGAAAAUUCUGAAAUUAAAGCAAAAGUACAAGCGAGAAUUGCCAAAGUGAGGCAUGAUGAACAGCCUCCUCAACAACAUGGCACAGUGCGCCUCCCUGGUUUAAGUCAAUACUCUCCAGAACAGCUCUUCUUUGUUGGAUUUGCCCAUAUGUGGUGUGGCCAUUCAACACCAGGGGCAUUAAAGUCAAAGCUUGUGGAAGGGGUUCACAGUCCAAAUCGAUUCAGAGUUGUAGGCACACUUUCCAACUCAAAAGAGUUUGCUGAAGCUUGGAACUGUCCCAAGGGUAGUCCAAUGAACCCACAAGAAAAGUGUAUUUUGUGGUGAGACUAAACGACAGGAUCAGCAAGGUAAAACAUUCCCUUGAUGGAUUAACUACUCUGUCAAAAGACCAGUGGAAGAUUCCCGGUGAGGGUCCAAAUCCUAAUUCAAUCCAAGUGAACCCAGACCGUCAUAAAGCAACUGGUAACUGGUUCCAUUAACUGGUUCCAUCCCACUUCACACUGGUUGACAAAUUAACAUAUUUAAUUAAAUGUACAGUGGUCUGUGGAAAAAAUUGUGCAUUAAGCUAAAAGAGUACCAAGAGUUCCAGAAUUUUCCAGAGAGCCAGUUCACUGUAGAUCCUGAAGAUGCAGUUUAAUGAAACGUGUAUUUUGCACAGCUUUGCUCUUUCCUGACAGAGAAUGUUUAUUUAUUGGAAGUAACAAAUGUGAUUUGGCUGUGUCUUUAUUACUAGAGACUGAUUAAGUUUAUGGUAUGGCUCAUGUGUGUGCAGUACCUGUGCCAAUGUAUAAAGCAAUCAUCUUGGCAACAAGUGCAAUAGAAUAACCAAAUUAAACUAGGAACAUCAGCGCAAUUUUUAAAUUGUACUGGACAAGAUCUCUGUUUGAAAAGAAAAUUUAAAUUUGAUGUUUGGUGACAAAAAAAAACUCUUUAUCCUAAUUUGGUAGUUACUGUUCUACCAUAAGAUUGGUAGAAUUUUAUGUCUUCUCUACUUAAUUUCCAUUCAGAAUAUUGUGUCCUGCCAGGGUGCUUGUACAUGUUAUGGCCAAAGACCUGGCUUUUGUUAUUUACAUUCUUGCUGCCUUCUAUGUUGAACAAAAAAACAGUAGCCCCCAUUGAAUGUCCAGCAAUACCUCAAAAUAUUUUCCCCUCAUCUAAAGAGAGUUGAAGCUUCGUCUUUGUCCAUAACAUACAUAGAGUAUUAAAUUUACUUAACCCACUGUAUUUUGUUUCUUUGAAACUAUGAGUUUAGAAAGGUUAGCAUAGCAAUGCCUAGAAUUUAGUAGUGUGAUAUUUAAACAAGUUUUAUUUCAUGAAAACAUUGUUUAUGUUAAAGUUAAGAAUCACUUUUGGUGCACACAAAUCCUCUUUAUUUGUUUUACAUUGCAGUGAUACUGAAUUCAUGGUUGCAGUGGAAACUCUAGGGACCAUUUGAUAUUAAAUAUAGUUCAUAAAUAAAGGCCUUAAACGGGUUUUACUGUAGCAAUUUAAGUAACUAAAAUUUAUCUCAUCUUUAUCAAAGUAUGUAUGACACAUUCUAUUUGCCAAUCAUAUCAGUUUUAUUCAAGUAGAAAUUUUCCAAGCAAAAGGAAUUUGAUCCAUAGGAAAUUUUGCCUUUCUUUGCUUGAAACUUACUAUUACACAUUCAAUUUUGUAACAUCUUCAAAAGUAGCUAGUCUGUAGUCAUCUUUUUGCCAAUACUGUAUAGGACAUUUAGUUGUGACUCCACAGUUGACAAAAUCAUGGAGGCAUGAAAAAAGUUUCAUUCGUCUGUGAAUAUUAUGAAGAAAUUACAAUUUCAACAACUGUUGAAUCUGUACAAAUGUUUCAUGACAAGUCAUGUAGACUUUUUUUUUUUUAAAGUAGAUGCCCUACUUAUGUACCACUAUUGCUGUAAAUAAAGCAUUCAACGUGUACUAACAUAGUUACAACACAGGUGAUAAAUGUUAGUAUUAGUUCCUCUGAUUAUUUUUGUCAUAGAAAAACAACAACACAAGCCCAGUGAUACAAAAUUUUGAAUAAAAUGUAAGCACUGAA